AUGGCUACAACUACAAGUACUACAAACGUAGGUGAAACUCACUUCAGCCGUUUAUGGAGGAAGGACGGGAACCUACGGUACGGGGUUGCGAUGACCAACAUCAUUAUAACACUCAACAUUGCAGCGAUCGUGUAUAUUAAUAUGACAAAACCCAAAAUACACGUAGAUGAUUUAGUUUUGGAAUAUGUCCUUUGUUUCGGUAUGUUCUACAUGACUACUAUCAUGCUUAGUUGCGCGUGUUGGUUUAUGGCAAUGGAUCAUGAUGAAGACGCUGGAUGUUACUUGGCGGGACGCAUCGGUCACACGUUAGGCUUCUCUAUGUUCCUCGGCUUCUUGUAUGCUAUUUCUCCUCGCUUGGCUCUUUACUUUGGUCUACCUUGUUUGCUAUGGUUCAUACCCGCCAUGAUUGCACCUUGGUUUCCUUGUGGAACUUGGUGGAAUUUUGCUAAGCAACCACAACCACAACCACAAUCGACAGUUGCUGAUAUUGUUUGA